UUGUGGAUAAUUAAGUAGAUUUUCAAAGUCUACAGAGAGAUUUAUGCCAGUUGGAAGAGUGGGCUGAAAGAUGGCAGAUGGAGUUUAAUGCUGAUAAGUGUGAGGUGCUACACCUUGGCAGGACAAAUCAAAAUAGGACGUACAUGGUAAAUGGCAGGGAAUUGAAGAAUGCAGGUGAACAGAGGGAUCUGGGAAUAACUGUGCACAGUUCCCUGAAAGUGGAAUCUCAUGUAGAUAGGGUGGUAAAGAAAGCUUUUGGUGUGCUGGCCUUUAUAAAUCAGAGCAUUGAGUAUAGAAGUUGAGAUGUAAUGUUAAAAUUGUACAAGGCAUUGGUAUGGUGUACAAUUUUGGUCGCCUUAUUAUAGGAAGGAUGUCAACAAAAUAGAGAGAGUACAGAGGAGAUUACUAGAAUGUUGCCUGAGUUUCAGCAACUAAGUUACAGAGAAAGGUUGAACAAGUUAGGGCUUUAUUCUUUGGAGCGCAGAAGGUUAAGGGGGGACUUGAUAGAGGUCUUUAAAAUGAUGAGAGGGAUAGACAGAGUUGACGUGGAUAAGCUUUUCCCACUGAGAGUAGGGAAGAUUCAAACAAGGGGACAUGACUUGAGAAUUAAGGGACAGAAGUUUAGGGGCAACAUGAGGGGGAACUUCUUUACUCAGAGAGUGGUUGCUGUGUGGAAUGAGCUUCCAGUGAAGGUGGUGGAGGCAGGUUCGUUUUUAUCAUUUAAAAAUAAAUUGGAUAGUUAUAUGGACGGGAAAGGAAUGGAGGGUUAUGGUCUGAGCGCAGGUAUAUGGGACUAGGGGAGAAUACGUGUUCGGCACGGACUAGAAGGGUCGAGAUGGCCUGUUUCCGUGCUGUAAUUGUUAUAUGGUUAUAUUUAUAUGGUAAUGAACCAGGUGUGUCCUCACAUCCAGCUGCACUGUAUGUAAUACUUGCAAGAAUGAUCCAACUAUUUAAAUGGCUUGUUGAAACUUGUCUGUAUCCCUUGCUGAAUGUAACUCAGCAGCUUUAAACAGUCGUGUGGAGAUUAACUUGAAAAAUGUUGUGGCCACUUCUGAUAGAGUAAACAUAUUUCCGUCCUUCAACAAUAUAAUAUCAGCAUCCAGUUAUGAUUAAUGCCUGGACGAAGAAAUAUUUGGGACACAAAAGGGUUUCCUGCCUCUUUUAAUUUCUAGAGAAUAGAAAGCAUUGUCUUUUUGGAAUGGAUUCUUCAAUACCUGCCUUGUGAAGUAUGAAUCUUAUCACAAACAUCCUCAAUUGAACUGCAAGAUGCUGAACUUUAUUGCAAGACCCUAGAGCAUCUUCUUCAAAUUGUUCAGCCAAACUUUGAAACUUGUCUGUAUUGAGGAAUUGCCUGGCGUGAGUCAUCUUGCCAUGGAAUUCGACUUCAACAUACAAGAGUUAAUUGACUUGAGCUUCCUAACCGAUGAGGAGCAGGAUGUGAUUGCACAAGUUCUUCACCGGGAUACCAAACUCCGUUUAUUGGAAGAACAACGUGUCAAGAAAUUACAACAGUCAGUUCUUGAUCCAGAACAGCUAAAAAUCGUAACGGGAGAUUGGUUCAAGGAAGCCAGGUCAAGGCGCCACACAGACGAAUGGUUUGGGUCAGACAUCGUUCGGGCUUCCAUUCGCAGGAAGAAAAGAACAAAAGGUGAAGGUGAAAAGAGGGUGACGAUUAAUAAUGAGAAAAUCAUUAUUAAUGAGCAGAGUGAUCAGGACGGAGACGAACAUGAGAAUGAGAAUGGUGUUGUAACUGAUGAAGACACGGUUAAUCCCGAUCUGGUGAAUACAGGAGUGGAUGAGACAGAUUGCGAACUGUUAGAAACCCACAACAGGUUAUUUGAUGACAUGAGAAAUGUGGCUUCAAAUGAAGAGACUUUUACUUUUGACACCAAUACGCAGGCCCAGCAUAAUAGCAAUGAGGCUUCAAUGACAAGAGAUGCUGUGGGCAGUGACUUGUUGAGAGAUGAGGAGGACCACAAACCGAUGCCAGUUAUUACAGUGCAGAAUGAUGAUGAUGUUGAUGAUGAUGUUGAUGAUGAUGUUGAUGAUGAUGACACUGUUAGUUCCAAGUACAAUAAAGAGGCCAACUUGCAAAUUGAAGGUGUGGACAACAAAAGCUCAGUAUCCAGUUUGCAAUCCCCUGCUGUAGACGUCAGCGGUUCGAUGUCCAGUUUCCAGUCUGCUGGUCUCAGUGGCAGUAUGAUGAGUUUGUACAGCAACAUUGAUCUUGGAUAUGUGGAUGUGAGCGGCAGUGUCACUUUCUCACUCCAUUAUAAUGAGAGCCAUAAUGAGUUUCAGAUUCAUGUGGUGCAAUGCAAUGAUCUAGCUGCAGCAAAGAAAAAUACUUCUAACCCCUAUGUGAAGAGUUAUCUUCUCCCAGACAAAUCAUCUCAAGGCAAGCGCAAGACCGGAGUGAAGAAGAAAACCUUGAAUCCUACAUUUAAUGAGUCAUUAAUGUAUAAACUGGGAAAAGAAGAGCUGCAGACCCGAACUCUAAAUCUCUCAGUGUGGCAUAGAGAUCGCUUUGGGCACAAUCUCUUCCUGGGGGAGAUAGAAAUCCAAUUAGAGCUUUGCGAUUGGAGUAAUACUAAACCGACAACCUACAUCCUUCAGCCACGGAUUGCUGCUCCACCAAACCCAAACCAAAGCAAAGGUCAGCUGUCCUUGUCACUAAAAUUCGUCCCAGCGGGAUCAUGUGAUCAAGGAUUGCCUCCCACCGCAGAAGUGCACAUCUGGUUAAAGGAAGCACGGAAUCUCAUCCCAGUUCGAUCCAAGGGCAUCAAUUCCUUUGUUAAAUGUUCUAUUCUACCAGAUGCCAAUAAAGCCAGUCAACAGAAGACCAGAGUGAUAAAGAAAGAUCUGAAUCCUGUUUAUAACCAUACAAUGGUAUAUGAUGGCUUUCAGACAGAAGAUGUAAGUGAGACCUGUGCAGAAUUCACCAUCUGGAAUCAUGACACCUUUUCCAGCCACCUCUUGGGAGGACUGAGACUCAGUCUGGGAACAGGUCACAGCUAUGGCCAACCUGUCAACUGGAUGGAUUCAAAUGAGGAAGAAGUAUCUGCGUGGCAGGGAAUGUUGGAUGAUCCAGGGCAGUGGGUGGCCAUUGUAUUACCAAUCAGGUCCAAUGUGGUUCCCAGUGAAUAAUCACGGAACAAAAGGCACUUUCUGAAAAAUAAUUAACAAAACAGAUUGCUGGAGGAACUCACCAGUUCAGGCAGCAUCUGUGGAGAGAAAUAGACAGAUGACGUUUCGGUUCAGGACCCUUCUUUAGACCUGAUUCGAAACGUUGUCUGUCCAUUUCCCUCCACAGAUGCUACUUGGUUCACUCAGUUCCUCCAGCACUUUGUUUUUUUUACCCAACAUUUCAGCAUCUGCAGCUCCUGUACCUCCAUAACAUGUGUGACAUAGCAAACCCCUUAGAACGUUAUGCUUGGGAUAUUAGGCUUAAAAUGAGAAGACAAAUAUUUGAGGGGAUUGUAGGAGAUGUCAAUGCUGGCUGUUUUGGCGAGAUAAAUGACUGAGAAUUUAUAUAUAUGCAGGUGACAAUUUUGACUGGGGUGUAACACAACUCUGUCAUAAAGUGUAAAUCAGAUCAACCUCCAUGACAGGGCCUGGACUAGGAGCUGAGAGUUAGAAUAGAAUAGCCUUUUAUUUGUCAUUCAGACCGAAGUCUGAACGAAAUUUAAGCAGUCAUACAUACAAUAAAAAAACAACAAUAAACACACAUUAACAUCCACCACAGUGAGACCACCCAACAUCUCCUCACUGUGAUGGAGGCAAAAGUCUUUGGUCUGCAGUCUCUUCCCUCCUCUUCUCCCUCUGCGCUGAGGCGAUACCCCCCCUGGGCGAUGUUAUAACAGUCCCGCGGCUCAACACCGCGGCCCGGGGUGGUCGUAGCUGCCGCCCACCCAGACCUGCAGACGCAGCCGCUGGCCCGCGGCCGAACCCCGGACUCAGGCCACCGCCGCCAGAACACCGUCCCAGCCACCCUCACGUGAGUAUCUGUCGACUCGACUUCAGCCUCGGGCCGGGCCGCCCCGACAUGGGCGUUGCUCCUCCCUUCGGCCGGGCCGCCCCGACAUGGGCGCCGAACCUCCCCCGGGCCGGGCCGAGCCCCGACUCGAGCGUUGCUUCUUCCCCGGGCCGGGCCGCCCCAACUCGGGCGUUGCUCCACCCUUCUCCCUCGGGCUGCGAGCGCCGCACCUCCCCGGACUCGGCCGCUCCGACGGGAGCCUCGUUCCAUCUCGGGCUGGCCGCUCCUCUCCUGUGCCGGACCGCCCUCACGGGAGCGAACUCAGGGCGAGUCUUGAUGGUCUCUGCCUCCAGAGCCUCGAGGUCGCCAGCUCCAUUUAGGCCUCAGCGCCGACGGAGGCAGAGAAGGGGAAUACGACAGAAAAGUUGCAUUCCCCCACAGGGAGAGACUGCACACCCCGUUCCACCCCGCCCCCCCCCCACAAAACACCACUAAAAAAAACAAAAACUAGACUAACCAAACAAAAUAAACAACACAAAAAACACAAAACAAACAGGACUGCCGAUGAGCCGCUGCAGCCAGAGCCGCGCCGCCACUUUAGCACUUUAGGGCCGUGUAAUAACUAUACAUUUCAUCUCCACUUCAGACCUGCAAUAGGAUAUGUCCAUAUCUGAAAUUUGAUAUCUGAAAAUUGCUACUUGAUUGUCAUUUAUCUCCAAAAGGAAUUGUUUAUUAGAAGUUAAGUCCUGGUAAACAAAUGAACAGUUAUAUAUUUAUAAACCCUAUGCGCUCAAGUGGAAUAUUUUUUACAGAUGACAACCUUUUGUUAUUGUAGAAUAGAUAAUGAAUAUGUAGUUUCUUCUACUUGAGAUACUCUUUAAAUGUUUGUUGUGUUGAACAUAAUGUUUGUUGUGUGUUUGAUUUUGAGCCUGGCUUUUAAAUGAAACUGUUGAGGUUCCUGAUAUUUUCAUUAUCAACCUAUACUUUUCUAGCAAGUAAACCAGCUGAGGUAUCUGCAUUACAUACUUAAUGCAACACAGGAAGCCACCUGGCCCAAACUGGCUUCUGAGACAAGUCCUUUCAAUCAUGUUUCUUUUGUUUUCCUAUAGGUGGCAGUUUAUUCUUUCUCACGUAUAUCAAUAUCCCUUUGAUUCUUUUGCCACAUCCACACUAACGGAUAAUUUACAAUAAGCAAUUAACCUUAUUGUUAAUUAAUAAAUGGGAGAGGAAAUGGGAACUCACAGCAGAAACUCGCAAAGCCAUGGAGGAAAUGUGAAAACACGCACGCUCUUUAACUAUUUUUAUAUUGGAGAGCAUUCUUUAGUUCCUUAGUUUCACCGAUGAACAAUGUCCUCAUCCAUCUACCUUUUACCUGGAGUAGGGGAAUCAAGAACUAGAAGACAUAGGUUUUAGGUGAUAGUGGAAAAAUUUAAUAGAAACCUGAAGGGCAACUUUUUCAUUCAGAGGGUCGAGGGUGUACGGAAUGAGCUGUCAGAGGAGGUAGUUGAGGCACAAACAAUAAUAACAUUUAAAAGACCCUUGGACAGGUACAAGACUAGGAAAGGUUUAGAGGGAUAUGGACCAAGUGCAGACAAAUGGGACUGGUUUAGAUGGGGCAAUUUGGUGGGCAUGGACUAGUUGAGCCUAAAGGCGUGUUUUCAUGCUGUUUGAAUCUAUAACAAACUUAUAUUGUGCAAUUUAAUGAUAUGGUGCAUAGCUCUCUGGGACAUUUCUCCAAUAGGGUUGUAGAUCUUCAAGUUCUUAUAAUCACUGCCUCCCAAAGCUAACCAGCGACCCAUUUCUUACCAGAGGCCACAUCCCAAUCUCUCCUCUAUCUAUUUUAUCCGAGCCUGUCUGCUAUUGCACUGAUCCCAUCUUUAUAUUAAACGCUGGAUUCCUGUUUGCAAUGGAAUUGUUUAGGUUAGUUAACUCCUUUAACUUUGUGUUCAAAGGUUUCUUUUUACAUACCAAUUAAAUGAAUGAAAACAAAAUCUUCAAAUUGUGGGUGAAGUUAUUUGUUAAUUUUGUAAAGAUCAUCCCUGUUAUUUAUUGCGUUCAACCGACCACAUAUCACAGAAUUCAUCACAUCUACCCCUAUCCAGCCACAAUCUUUCUUUUCUCUCAACCAUGGAGAUAGAUGACCAGGAUGCUUAUAGAUGAUUAAUACUCCUCUGUGCUUGGGUUUAGUUGCUUCAUCCAGGCUGAGGUAGCAAGGACUCUGCAGAAGGACUUGUUAGGAUAGUGGGCAGAGAAAUGGCAGAUGAAAUUCAGUAUAGCAAAGUGCAGAGUCAUGCAUUCUGGUGAUAAGAAUAAAAGCACAGAGUACUUUCUAAAUGGAGAGAGAAUCCAGAAAUCAGGGGUACCAUUGGACUUGGGAGUGCAGGUGCAGGACUCCCAGAAAGUUAAUUUAUCAUCGAAUAAGGAAGUAAGGCAGGCAAAAUCAAUGCUAGCAUUUAUAUCGAGGACUGGAAUACAAAAACAGAGAUGUAAUGCUGAGGCUCUAUAAGGCACUGGUCAGGCCACAUUUGGAGUACUGUGAGCAAUUUAGGCCCCAUAUCUGAGGAAGGAUGUGCUGGCUCUGGAGAGGGUCUAGAGGAGGUUUACAAGACUGAUUCCAGGAAUGAGUGGGUUGGCAUAGGAUGAGUGUUUGACAGCACUGGGCCUCGACUUGCUGGAGUUGAGAAGAUACCUAAUUGAAACUUACAGAAUAAUGAAAGGCAUAGAUAGAGUGUUUCCACUGGUGGGAGAGUCUAAGGCCAGAGGUCAUAGCCUCAGAAUUAAAGGGCACUCUUUUAGAAAGGAGGUGAGGAGGAACUUCUUUAGUCAGAGGGUAGUUAAUCUGUGGAACUCAUUGUCACAAAGGGCUGUGGAGGCCAAGUCAGUGGAGAUUUUUUAAGGCAGAGAUGGACAAAUUCUUGAUUAGAAAGAGUGUCAAGGGUUAUGGAAAUAGGCAGGAAGAUGGGACUAGGAGGCAGAGAUCAGCCACGGUUGAAUAGCGGAGUAGACUCGAUGGGCCGAAUGGCCUAAUUCUACUCCUCUAACUUGUGACCUCCGCCCCUCCCCCGUUACUGCUGUUCG